AUGAAAGGCUUGGCCGUCUAUGUCAGCAGCCAUCCUUCUGACCCGUCCUGCCUCGCAGACCCUUUGAUGAGCACCUGGACCCCUAUCAAGACCCUGUCUGCGAUUGGAGCUAGUGAUCUCGACGCCGAGUUCACACCAGUCUUCGAGAAUAAUAUCCAUGACAAUAUUGUCUCUAGCAUUCUAACUGCGUUGCCGGGCGGCGACUGGGGACUCAAUGUGUUGCGCCUCGGUUUUGACACUAAGCAUCUCAACAACCCGAUUACCAUUCACCUCGUUGUAGCCCCCAAUGGAGGUCUCUCUCCGGAUGCGGCCUGCAAGAUUGUAUCAGACAUCCUUACAAUUAUCGCCGCAGCUCCCGAUUCGAGCCAAUUGGUCCAUAUUGAUGUCUGCCACCCAUUGGAAUCCUCCUCAAGCCUUGCGACUAUCUCAUUCUCCCUUCUUGAUAGAAAUCCUGAAGUCUACCACUCCUCUGCUCGGCUUCCGUACUCGUCUGUUGGCUUAGUCCAAUCCGAGUACAUUGGAACCUUGUCGGGAUACAUCAAGCACCGUGAUAAGGAUGGUCGAGACACGGUUUAUGCACUUACGUGUAGACAUGUUAUUGAUCCGCACUCUGCUUUCCGGAAUGCUUGUCAGGCCACGCCUGCGCACUUGUCGGUAACAUGCCCAGCAGCAAGCGACCACAACAAGACUCUGGAGACAAUCACAACUGAUAUUGCCAUUGGUGCGCGCCCCUCGCAACGUGAGAUCCUAGAACAAACUCUACAGAGCGCGAAGGAGUACAACAUCGCCUUUGGCGAUGUUGUAGCGACGUCAGGUACUGGCAGGUUGCUCCCACAUUUCCAGGGGCGUAGUGACUGGGCUAUCAUAUCGAUUACUAACCAAGAUAUAAUGGCCGAAAAUAAGCAUGUCCGUUCAUCUGAUUCAUUUGUGUCGUUCAAGCAUCCACUAGUUGCUCUGCUCGACGUCGAUUUUCUUCGCGCAGCUACGCAAUACUUCACCUCAGGCCCGCAUUUUAAACCUGUUCGAGACGAUGACCUGAGCCCCGGUGAGCUUGUCUUUAAACCAAGAAGUCGAACUACAAAUAAAUGGACUAGAGGCACGUUUAAUGCUAUUCGGAGUACGCAAAGGAGUGCUGGUAUCGCAACAAGGGAAUGGUGUCUUGUUGCGCUACUACCACACGAGUCUAUGUCUGCUGGUGGAGAUUCGGGAUCAAUUAUCGUCGACCAAGAAUUUCGGCCUAUAGCUAUGAUGUGGGGCGGAGAUACUCAUGGCUUCGCUCAUGGCCCGAAAGGUGUUGCUUACGCAAGUCCACUCUCCAAGGUUAUGAGGGAUAUUGAGGAGUGCAUUGGGGGGAUUAUCUCGAUCGUUUGA